AUGUCGCUUCCUACUCUUAACCACGUCUUCACUAUGGCCAUCACUCCGAAGGAGCCGGUCAACACUGGUGAAACGCCAAGAGGAAAGGCCAAUUGGUUCGAGAUCUCGGACGGCACUAUCACAGCAGCAGAUGGUCAACACAUCGCUGACGUUCUCUCUGGAGGAGGAGACUACCUCACGCGAUAUGUCGAUGACAACGUCGCAGAGGUGGAUAUGCGACUAAUUGCCAAAGACUCGGACGACCAAAUUAUGCGCAUCACCGUGUCGGGAUACGACUAUCUCGACCGAGCAACUAUGCUGGCCUUGGACGGCAGAGCUGGCGAAGAUGCCGGGGACAACAACUCGGGAGUCACUGAGCCUUACGGUUUUGAAGUUCUGAAGUUCAACACGGCGAGUCCAAAGUAUAGGUGGCUAAAUUUUGCUGUCCUUCUUGCGCGUGUUAAGUUUGUCGUUGGUAACGCGGGCAUUGAGAGUGUUGUGUACACAACUUACCAGGUGGGCAAUUAA